CCCCUUCCCCAAUCCCAGCCCGACACGCACAGCGGAAUCCCAUUCCGAUUCCUCCCACCCCCUCAUCCUCGCCUCCCCUUCCGCGGACGCUAGGGUUUGCCGCUGCACGCCGGCCGCGAGCGACGGCCUCCUCCGACGCGCGGCGGGGCCCGGAUGCUAUGCUGCUGAGCUGCAGGUCCCUCUCCACCUGGGUGCGCCGCCUCGUCGCUUGCAUGGGAGGUUGCUUUGGCUGUUGUGCUAAGCCUACUCCGAUAACAGCGGUCGACGAGCCUUCCAAGCGGUUGAGGAUCCAGGGACGCUCGAUAAGGAAGGCUAGCCUGUCUGACGACUUUUGGACCACGAGUGCUCAUGAGAUGGAGAACAGCUUGAUCCAAUCGCAGAGGAGCAUGUCUUCAAUCAGCACGGUUGCGCAGUCCAGCGAUCAACAUGCUGCAGGAAGUAGCAGCAACCCGAAUGAGUUUGUAACUGAAGGUUUUAUGCUCUGGAACCAGACCAGACAGCAGUGGGUUGGAAACAAAAAAUACCACUCUCGAUCUCAACAGCCUCGAGAACCAAAAUUAAGUUGGAAUGCAACCUAUGAGAGUCUGCUAGGAAGCAACAAGCCAUUCUCCCAACCGAUACCUCUUGGUGAAAUGGUAGAUUUGCUAGUGGACGCUUGGGAGCAAGAAGGCCUAUACGAUUAGGCCUGGGAAGUUCAUUGUUUGACUUAAAUUAAUUACUUAAUUGUAUUCAGAACUUUCGAUGCGCAGAAGCUCUAGGUUCGUGAACGCAUAACUUUUCCUGAGCUCAUUGGUGUAUCUUGAAUAUCAUGAAAACAAGGCAGCAUCCUUAGACCAAACAAUUGUAAUAUAUUAUUCUCAAGUUUACGAGUGCA